AAUCCAGAAGAAGAAUGCAGCCGGCGACAGCAGCAACUAAAAUCAAUGAAUUUGUACUUCUACACUCUUUAUUACAACCAUAUGCUUUCCAUAUACUGACAACACACGACUGCUAUGAAGACUGUGUUCGUUACUGUGGGGACGACGAGUUUCGAUGACCUGAUAGCCAGUGUGAUUUCGCAGGAGGCUGUUCAGGCUUUAGUGGCCCGCGGUUAUGAGGAGCUGGUGCUGCAGGUGGGGCGCGGUUCCAUUCUGCCCGGUAGAGACAGCUGUCCCGGGCUGACCCUCCAGGCUUUCCGGUUCAAGGACUCCAUUGCAGGCGAUAUUCAGCGGGCGGAUUUGGUUAUCAGCCAUGCAGGUGCAGGAAGCUGUCUGGAGGCCUUGGGAGCUGGACGCCCCCUUCUUGUGGUGGUCAACGACCGGCUGAUGGAUAAUCACCAGCUGGAGCUGGCCCGCAAGCUGCAUGCAGACUCUCAUUUGCUAUACUGCACCUGCAGCAACCUAACUCAUACUUUAAGGACAAUGGAUCUUUCUCGACUUACUCCCUUCUGCCUGGGUCAACCAGAGAAGUUUGCCAACUUUAUGGAUCAGGCACUGGGUCUCCACUGAGCUGAUGUGGCUCAUGAGUUUCAUGUCGGUGGAGCCCACCUACGUGGAAGGAGUGGACCAGCACUUGUGUCAGCUGAACUCACCUCUUUGGACUGUGAUUAAACUAAAUUUCUCGUUAAAACCAAAUAAAUGACAACUAGGGUUAUUAUAUUUACCAAAAACUAAAACUAGGACUAAAAAAUUUCGUUAACUGAAAUAUAAACAAAGACAGAAUUUUUCAGAAAAAUAAAAAGUAAAAAACUACAAUUAACAAUGUGACAAAAACUGAAAUGAAAAAGAAAUACCAGCAAAAUCAGUUUUGUUUUAAUUUUCAUUUCAUUUUUACCCCCCCCCGCAAUAAUACAAGGGAACAGUCUAGGGAGGGUAAGAUUCACUGAUUCGCAUUGAUGCACAGGUAUAAAAGUUCACAAUGCAACUGCCCGGAUUAAAAAAGUGUGCACCGGAUACAAAUUAGGCUGACCGUGUGAUGCUUGGUUUCUAAUAUCUUUGCAUCAAUUUAUCAAUGUGAUUUGUUAAUGUAGAAUAGUGAUUAAAUCAUCUUGCUUUAUUAAUCUUGUAUUAUGUAUUAGCGCACAACUGGUGUUAUCAUUAUGCUUCCAGACCACAGGAGGGCGUCUUAUUGCAAUAAAAUUGAGCCAUAUCUGUUUA